GGAACUCCACUCGAUGCCAAAUACUAGUAUGUUCCCAGCUCUCGUGAAUAUUUGAUAUUUUCAAACUCAGCGCUUCAAAGAAACAGCAUGUCAACGAGUACAGCGGCAUUCAGCAGUGAUUGGGUAGGAGUGAUACAAAGAACUGUUGAAGUGGAGAAUUCUAUGAAAACUGCUGAUACUGAAUUACAGGAUAAAUAUGAAAUCUGUCGAUGUAUUGAAUUCAUAAAAAGUGGGAAAUAUCAAAAGGUUGCCCUACAAUUUCCAGACCAUUUAUUGGUGGAUUCUGUAGCUAUAGCAACUGAAUUGGAAAAAAAUACUGGUGCUAAAUUGUUUGUGCUUGGAGAUACUUCCUAUGGAAGCUGUUGUGUUGAUGAAAUUGCUGCCCAACAUGUCAAUGCUGACUGCAUUAUACAUUUUGGUAGAUCAUGUUUAAGUCCAACACGUCGUCUUCCAGUCUUGUAUGUUUUUGGCCGUCAAGAAGUUGAUAUCGACCAUUGCUCGUCAGUUUUCAACAAACUUAUUGAAGAUACAAGUACGCAUUUAGUGGUUAUGUAUGACGUGGUGUAUUCCCAUAUUAUUAGUUUACUUGAAGCGAAGUUAUCACAUAUAUACUCCAACAUGGUCAUAAGCAAAUUUAAAUACGAAAAUAAUUCAACCGAAAAAGACAAUUAUAAUGGUGGGACUGAACCAAAUUUGGUUACAGAUGAUAUCCAAACUUUUACAAUAUCUGGUAGACAAGUAAGUCUGUCUCCAGGGAAGCAAAUCGCAGAUUACAUCAUCCUUUAUAUUGGAGGAGAGAGUCUAACGUUAACAAACCUUAUGAUGUCAUUGAAUAGGUGUACUUUUUUCACCUAUGACCCCCAAACCAGAAGAGGUCAACAAGAAACUCUGAAUAUCAACAAAGCUUUAAUGAGGAGGUAUUACCUGAUUGAAAAAGCUAAAGAUGCUAGAGUUGUCGGCAUCGUAGCUGGUACACUGGGCGUGGCUGACUACAUGAAUGGAAUCAGCAGAGUGAAACAACUUGUCAAGAAAGCUGGAAAGAAAAGCUAUACGUUUGUGAUGGGAAAGAUUAACAUUGCCAAGAUGGCAAACUUUAUGGAAGUUGAUGUGUUUGUUUUGAUAUCCUGUCCAGAAAAUAGCCUGAUUGACUCGUCUGAAUUCUAUAAACCUAUUGUGACACCGUUUGAAAUGGAGAUUGCAUGCAAUCAAGCUAGAGAGUGGACAGGGGACUACGUGACAGAUUUUAGGCAGCUGUUACCAGGUGGUGACAACUUUAUUGAGAUGCCAAGUGAUGAUGUGUCUGGUAAUCUGGAAACUGACGUGUCACUGAUAACAGGUGGUAUACGGAGAAUGGGGGAAGAAAAAGAUGAUAUAGCCGUCAGUAGUAGUGCCAUAGUCAAACGUGAUGAUGUUUUAACUGUAUCUACAGUUCAUGCUACCAGUGCUGAGUAUUUAUCCUCCCGAUCAUGGCAAGGUUUAGAACAGCGACUCGGAGAGACGUCUGUGAGUCAAGCCAUUGAAGGUCAAAAAGGUAUCGCCUCUGGGUAUGCAAAUGAGAAGAGUUCUUCCAAAGAGACAUGA